CUAGCACCGCCCUCGCACGCGUGUGUUUCAAAUAGGUCCUGUAGGUAAAUACAAAAUGUAUCCGCUGUCCUUUUUUUUAAAGCAUAACGUUUGUAUCUGUACUCUCGAACAUCAUGUCUGGAAGAGGCAAAGGCGGAAAGGGACUCGGAAAAGGAGGAGCGAAGCGUCAUCGCAAAGUUUUGCGUGAUAACAUCCAGGGCAUCACCAAGCCCGCCAUCCGUCGUCUCGCUCGCCGCGGUGGAGUGAAACGUAUCUCCGGUCUGAUCUACGAGGAGACUCGCGGUGUGUUGAAGGUGUUCCUGGAGAACGUCAUCCGUGACGCCGUCACCUACACUGAGCACGCCAAGAGAAAGACCGUCACCGCCAUGGACGUCGUGUACGCGCUGAAACGACAGGGACGCACUCUGUACGGCUUCGGAGGUUAAACGCGUUUAUGCUGAAGUAAAACAUUGAACACAACGGCUCUUUUAAGAGCCACACACUGUCUCAUUCGAGGAGAUGAAUUUCAGAAAUUCUAUCAUCAAAGGAAAUGCUGUGAAAGUCACGUUUUAUUAUCCAGGUUUUGAUUCUGAGAUCUCGUUCUUUAUUAACUGAUGAGAUUAAUCUGUUGUGUUAAACGCUUCUCUCGCUCGAAGAAGAAACUCCAUCAUAUCAACUAUAUAAACGUAAACACGCCCAAAGCUGCUGAAUAAAUCAUAAAAGGGUGAAAUGAUUUAAUGCUCGAACUCUUUAAGUGACUUUGAUGACACGAUGACGUAAUUCUGUUCUAGUGUAGAGUUAAUACAGAAAUAAACGUUUUAUUUUAAUUCAAAUUCGAUAAAGAGCGGGAAGAGCAA